AUGUUGUUUAAUAUACUGGACAUUUGUACCGUCAAGAAAAACAAUAGGCUAGAGAUCAAGGAAGAGCUACAGGAGCUGUCAUUAAGUGAGGCCAGAGUUAUACUCUUGUAUUCAACCAAAGAAGAGGCCCAAGAGAUCAUCGCCGCCGCCGAAGAGCUCAAAAUGACCGGAAAGAACUACAUGUGGAUCGUCACACAGAGCGUUUUGGGCGGCGCCGCCGACUACGCCCCUGGUGAAUUUCCGCCCGGAAUGUUAGGCGUUCAUUUCAAUACAACACACCAACGAUUGUUAGAUGAGAUCGAGAGAGCGGUCACUAUAUUUGGACACGGAUUGGAGCUGUUUGUGAACGACGCCAGGAAUCUGAACCUAAGCCUAUCGCCAAACCUGAGCUGCAAUGGAUCGGCAGAAACGCGUUGGAGUCGAGGAGACAUAUUUUUCAAUUAUUUGCGAAAUAUAAGCGUUAAGACAAAGUAUGGCAGACCUAACCUGGAAUUCAAUGCCGACGGGACUCUCAAAUAUGUUGAGCUCGAUAUCAUGAAUCUCAACAACAUAGGCAUGUGGGAUAAG